AUUGGCGACUAUUCCAUGUUCCAAUUGGUAGUUGGGGUGCAAUAAUUUCCCCUGAAAAAUGGGCGAGAAGGAGAAACUAGAGAGAGAGAGGUCUGGAUAAGUUGAGAUUUUAGAGAGCGGUGUAUUAACCAUCGGUAUACCGUAUUGUCGCCUUCGACACGUUCGGGGUUUCUUCUCGAAUUGCAAAGCAUAGAAGUCUGCCAACACGUGGUUUUGGAGAGCUUUUGUCCCUGUCUCCAGAUAUGGCAUCCCUCACUCUGCUCUAGAGAGAGAAAGUUAGAAAGAUUGGAGAGAGAGAGAGAGAGAGGUCACCGGAGAAAAGCAAGAUCCGGCGAAUGGCGGAGCAGAGUUCGUCGCCCGAGUGGCUUCCUACUGGUUGGACGGUCGAAGUCAGAAUACGGAAGAAUGGAAAGAGAGACACGUGCUAUUCUGAUCCCUCAAAUAAACUCAAGUUCUUUUCCAAGCCAGAGGUGUUACGGUAUCUCAACAACGUAGAAAGCUACCGUCAUAAAUCCAACGGGAAGAGAAAAGCCGGCCGUAGCCGAAAGCUUUCUGCAAUAAAAUCACCUGCUGUAGCUGAGCAACUCAACUUAGCAGACAGCCGAGCAAAUGAACCGAUGACCAGGAAUCGGAGCUCAAAGGUGGUUGGGGUAUUGAAGGACGACCAAACCUUUGAAAUCUGUACAGGUGAGCAAGGAACUACAAUGAUUUGUUUCAACCUUUCAAAAGCUUCGGAUUCGAAGAGAAGAGAGAGGAGUGAUCCUAAGGCUGUAGUUGGGGUAGUUUCAGAAAAUCUGGCAGAAAAUGGGGUGGAAAAUCCAGGAAACAAGAGAUUACAACUUCGGGCUAGCGAAAAGAAUAACAGAGAAAAGCCCGACUUGCCUCGUGAGAAGAGUGAUCCUAAGGCUGUAGUUGGGGCAGUUUCAGAAAAUCUAGCAGAAAAUGGGGUGGAAAAUCCAGGAAACAAGAGAUUACAACUUUGGGCUAGCGAAAAGAAUAACAGAGAAAAGCCUGACUUGCCUCGAGAGAAGAGUGAUCCUAAGGCUGUAGUUGGGGAAGUUUCAGAAAAUCUAGCAGAAAAUGGGGUGGAAAAUCCUGAAAACAAGAGAUUACCACUUCGGGCUAGUGAAAAGAAUAACAGAGAAAAGCCUGACUUGCCACGUCGUGCUUCAAAACGACUUGCUGGAAUUGAAGUCGGCCCAAUAGCAGAGCUGAAAACGAAUAACAGAACUCAUCGAGUUUCAGCCAGACUGGUAGAUGAGGCAGAAACCGGUAAAGCUGAGAAUUUGCUAGACUCAGCUCCUCCAGAAAAGUGUGUUGAGAAGAGAGCCCCGGAGGAUAAGGGUGAUGAUAUAAAAGCAGAUGAGGAGCAUGGAGGAUCACCUCUCAGCUUCUCUUUGAAGGAUUUGUGGACAGAUCCGUGCAUCGAGUUUGCCAUUAAAACUCUCACGGAUGCGAUUCCUAUAGAAGAUGAGUAUCAGGCCGAGGAGAAUCCAGGGUCCUCGGUCAAAUGGCCUUUUGGAGAUUCAUGGGGAGACCCGUGCAUUGACUUUGCAGUGAAGACUCUCACCGGUGCAAUUCCAGUGGUCGAUGAUUUCGGUAUUUUAGAGUGCCCACUCACCUCCUCAUCGGAAACAAUGCAGGAUAAAGGCUCGGAGAUUUCAAAUGUGGGGUUACGUAAUUCAGGUGAUGCUGGCAUUCAUCCUCAUUGCGAAGAAAGAAGCGACGAGCUCCAAAGAAAGACAAUCCGUGGAUAAGAGAUUCAUCUGCAGACAACUUCGAAGAAGUGUUGUCCGCACUGCAGCUAAUUGUUCUCUCUCAUGUUGUAGAGUAGUCUUCAUUUUUAUCGUAGCAUUUAAUUGACCAACUGGGUGAUUCGUGUUGGAUUUCAGGCGAGCUGGUGGUGUAUUUUCGCGCAGUGUCCAUCAUACUUCACAAGCUGUUCUUACUGCUUACUUCAUAAGCUUGUUAUGAUUUGGACCACUUUGUUAUCAUGAUUUGGACCACUUUGUUAUCA